UCCUGACCGUGUUAAAUAUGUAAACACGUAAAUAUACGCAAAGUGCGUCAUCAGCACAGACGCGCGGCUUGACCAUUUGGGUAUUUCUCGCUUACUGCUUCAUGAAUACUGUGGAUUCGGACUACAUUGGCAUACUGCUUUUGGCAUACUAUAUUAGACUUACAGGUGUCUAUCUUCACACUGCUGGUCAACGCACAAGCUCUCUCCCUAGACAAGUGAGUUGUCAAUGGCCAGAAUCAACAAUGAAAACCUUUGUCAUUCAGUUUGGAUUGCACUCAAGAGAUGACAGGGCCAUAGCCCUACAGGAGAUACCCAUCCCAAGUGAGGCAAAUGUAACCACCAUAAGACAAAUAUUAGCUCAUUCUUUCAGACUUGACUCUUCUCAGAUAACAUUUAAGAUACGAAACAGUAGAGGAUCUCUAAUUCCUUUAAACUGCUGUAUGCUACCAAAUAGUAAACAAAUGCCAUAUGUCCUCGAAGUGGCAAAAAAUUACCAGCAUGUCAAUCCAAGACUCAGAUCCAUUCCCAUGACUGUAAUCAAUAAAACCUUGAAAUCAAGAUUACAGAGCAUUGUGAAAAGAAUUGAGGGAUUAGAAGAGCUGUGGCCUCAAAACAAGCUAAAACACCAUGAAAAGAUGACAAAGGAUAUUGAGUUACUUAACCAAAAGCUGGUAUUUCUUCACAAGCGAAUGCAGAUGGCGGAGUCCUACUGCUGGGAUGGCAUACUUAGAAGAGCUCCACUGUGGUGAAUGAUGUUUCUAGACACUGAAGUCUAGUUGAACUGAAUUAUAAAGACUUCAAAUUGUAUAAUGAUCCCUGUCACUGACUGACAACACCUUAAAGAGCAGUUAGAGAUUGCAAUUAAUCUGCUGAGUUGUUUUGUCGGGAAUUUGAAUGCUCUUUUUCCAAGAUGAAUUAUGUCUGUUAAUGUAUUUGUAUUUAUUUGUAUUAGUUCAUAAUGUCUGACUACCCACAGCAAGAAAAUAACACGAUUACCUCAGUCAGCCAGUGUUAUACGAUAAAAAUAAUUAAAAGUGCAUUAGCAUAAAAUAAUAAAUUUUCCAUGAAAUUUUUACAAAAUAAAGAUUUUUUGUUAAAUUUAUACAAAUUUAUAAAGCAAAGAGCAUAUUCUAGUUGAAGUAGUCACCAAGUUUUUCAGUAUUUCUUAAAUUUUUUUUAAGUAAAUUGCUGUUCACUUAAUAUUCAUGUGGUGUGGCAGAUUAAUAAUACCAAAAAUAAUUGUGGGGUCAUAAAUCUGCAUUUAUACUGCAAAAUACAAUACAAAUAUUUAAAACAAAUUGAUUAAAUUAAUUAAAAAUGGUUAAACAGACGCACAUGCAGCUGUAAUAACCUGCCGGGCCUUAUUGCCUGCCGCACCUCCACCAGUGCCUUCAGCCCAGGUGCGGGGUCAUCAGCCGGGAGCCACCUAUCUUCAGUGUUUCACCCCAUUAAUCCCGCAACAUCUCCUUGUGGUGGGGUAGUGGUCAGGGAUGUCUCCCUGCCACCCCCUGCAGCUGGACACCAGAUCCCCUCCAACACCUGUCAUCCUUGUCUUCCCAUCCAGACAUUCUUCCUUCACAAAUUACUUACAACCAGAGUUCUAUAUGUCAUAAUACCUUGACACGACCAUACACUCCAGCCCGUUGGCCAACUGGCACCGAGAUGCGUACUCAGUGCCCUACUGGCACUGGCACCGUAUCUGUCUGUAACUCAGUGCUACCAGUUCUGUAUGGCAUACUACCUCAGCACAAGCCCUCAGCACAUAUCUCCCAGAUUCCCUAUUCCUCAGUUUCCUACUUCUGAACCCCCUCCACUGCCAAUUCCUUCAAGUUUUUAAAGCUGCUCCUACAAUGCCAAUGUCUCUAAAUAGGAGCAUUGUUUUUCAAUUGUAAGUUUUUAGUUCAUACUCCUUAAAACCUCACAUUUAAUCUGAAUUGAUAUGUACAUUAUUUAAAAUUACUCAAUUCAAUUCAAAUUUGUCAUACCAUUGAAAACUGAAAUGUUUAAAAUGACAGAUACAUUAUAGACACACAUUGUCAUGUGACAUCAACAGCCCAUUAAAACACUAGAAUGUGUGGCAGGAGAACAGCUUUUUCUCCGAGCCACUUCAUUAUCACACUUGCCUUGUGACAUUUGCUCCAUCAUGAUGGAAAAUGCACGGAUCAUCACCAAAUUGCUUCUGGAUCGUUGUGAGAAGUUGCUCUUGCAGGAUGUUUUGAUACCAUUCUUUAUUCAUGGCAGUGUUUUUGGGCAGAAUUGUGAGAGAGCCCACUCCCUUGGAUGAAAAGCUACCCCACACACGGAUUUUUACCUUUUCUUCUCCGGACUAUCGAUUUUCCAGAUGUCCUAAACAGUCGGAAGGGGGCUUCAUCAGAGAAAAUAUCUUUGCAUCAGUCUUCUGCUGUUCAAUCCUUGUAUUUCCUGCUGAAUUUCAGUCUGUCCUUGAUGUUUUUCUUGGAGAGAAGUUGCUUCUUUGCUGCCCUUCUUGACACUUGGCCAUUGUCCAAAAGUCUUCGCCUCACUGUGCACGUAGAUGCACUCACACCAACCUACUGCCAAUAUUGAGCAGCAGGUUGGUGUGACACGAUUCCGUAGCUGACUCCUCAGGAGGAGACGGUCCUGGUGCUUGCUGGACACUCUGGGACAUCCUGAAGCCUUCUUCACUGCAGUUGAACCUCUAUCCUUGAAGUUCUUGAUGAUCCGGUAAAUGGUUAUUUCAGGCGCAAUAUUCUUUGCAGCAAUUUCCUUGCAUGUGAGGCCAUUUUGAUGCAAAGCGAUGAUGGCUGCAUGUCUUUCUUUAGAGGUAACAUUGCUAACAAGAACACAAUGAUUGGAAGCUCUUCUUCCCUCCUUUUAUAGAAAUCAGUCUGCUCUUAUAAUCCAAUCAGAAUGAUAGAGUGAUUUAACCUGACUAGUACUCGAUCACACUUUCCCAGGUGCUGCUGAUAUGAUUAGUGAAAUUAUGUUGGCUGUUCAUUUUGUGCCAGGACCAAAAAACUGUGAAAUGUGGGUUUUUGUGAUAAAGUAAAAAAAUUUUGCCACUAAGCUUUUUGCAAUUAUUUAAAAUGCAUCUGAUCACUGUGCACAAUAAUCUAGAAACAAUGUGAAUCAACACCACAACAAUUGAAGCGGAAACAUUUGCGAAACACAACAUUUAUGUCACUGCCAAUACUUUUGGCCACGGCUGAAUAUGAUAGUGGAGUGUUGAGAUUCUUUCAAAAGUUGGUUCAACAUUUUGGGAUUCCCAGAUCUGUUCUAUAAGUAUUUACAGCUGUGCCACCUGCUCUGUACUGUUUUUGGGGAUAGUUUACACCCCUCUAAAGCGGCGGAUACUCUGGGAAUGGUGAUUACUGCCUUUGGAAAAGGUCAUGAAGCUGCAGUGUAUUACCCCUUGCAAAUUCAGGGUCUGGGGGAUGGAGCUUUAACUUCUCCUAAGAGAUUAUGGGAGAAAGAUCUAAACUUGGUGUUGGAGGAGGGAGUGUGGGCUAGGAUUCUAAAUAACAUCAAGUCUGCAUCUAGAGAUGAAAGUAUGCAAUUCAAGAGUCUAUUGAACCCCCUCUAGAUUAUAUAGGCUUGUUCUUAAAGACACACACAACCCAUGUAUUUUGGGGAUGUGUUAUGAUCCAAGAAUUUUGGUUGAAGAUUCUGAGUUUGAUAUUGGGCUCUCAAAUUGGCCCAAGAUUAGGUGAUGUAUUUUAGGUUAUUGUAUUUUAGGUGAUGGGGCGGUCAUUAAUAUGGAGAAUAAGCACAUAAAAAACUGGGUCCUAACUAGCAUUAUGAUUUCUAGACAGAUCAUUUUAAGGAGUUGGAAGUCAGCUGGAGCACCCCUAUUUCAGGAGUGGUGUUUGGAGAUGGGCGGCAGCUUUUGAGGAGGGGGCAUCCAGAAGACUAGGGAAUUUAGACUUGUUUGGGGAUAAAUUUGGCAAAUAUCUGACUUUUUGGAGGGCUUUCAGGGAGGGACA